CUUCCAAGCAAACCUCGUGAAAACGCAAAAUGGUUCGGUAAAAGAAAUGCAAUUUGUGGAAGCGAUGAAUGUGACAGCUGACGGCGGAAGGGCUGGACCUUGGGCCGGUGCGCGCGGCAGUCGGAUAUCGACUCCUGCGUGAGAGCGUUCUCGUCUCGUGACGUCGGUGAUUACUCCGAGUGUAGAUAGAUGUAGAUAACCGUGUGUGGACACUGCCAGCGACCCAGUACAGAAGCGAGAAGAGCGGAUCCUCGGGAUGAAGAUGAGUGUACACGUGUUGGCUCUCAUUCUGUUAGCCUUGGUUGGACAGACGAUUCCAGAUCAAGAUCCAGGCGCCAGUUUACCGAGCUGGGAAUAUGAAGGUGAUUUAGGUCCUAAGUUCUGGGGGUCACUUCACCCCGACUGGACGCUUUGCGAGUCCGGGAAGUACCAAUCGCCGGUGGACAUCAAGCCACGCGCCCUCCUGUUUGACCCGAGUCUCCGGAGAAUUGACAUCGAUGCCCCGAAAACGGUCCGUGGCACCUUAUACAACACUGGGCACGAUGUCACUAUCGUGCUUGAUGACGUCAUUGACAAUGCAGUAAACAUCAGCGACGGCCCUUUGAUGUACCGAUAUAGGAUAGUCCAGAUAAAAUUUCACUUCGGCCAUGAUGACAACUGGGGAUCGGAGCAUACCAUUGAUGGAAUACCAUUUACAGCUGAGAUACAGUUCAUGGCCUACAAUACUGACAUCUAUACAUCGCUGGCGGAAGCUGUCAAAUCUCCUUACGGAGUUAGUGUCAUAGCAGUGUUUGCAGAGUUGGGCGAACCGGUGGAUGAAGGUUUCGACAAUUUGGCCGCGGACAUACAGAAAAUACAAAGGCAAGGCCAGACAUCUCGUGUGGAGACUUUACCCUUUAUGUCACUGAUGUCCAACACGAACUAUUACGUCACAUACGAGGGAUCCCUCACACAGCCGGGCUGUCACGAGACUGUCACGUGGAUACUAUUUAACAAACCUGUUUACAUCUCUAAAGUGUUGCUGCACUCUUUGCGAUCACUAUACCGAUGGUCCGGCGAUAGGGCGGCCCCACUCCUCAGCAACAUACGACCAACAAAACCUCUUAACAACAGAUCGCUCAGAACUAAUAUCAACUUCCCGGAUGAUACUAAAUCCGGCUUAUGUGGAAUGACAAAGUCUACUUUUUAUCAACUUAAUCCUUCGAUCACAUUUUGAAGAAUUCUUCUGGUAAUAUGACACUGAAUGCCGAAGAGAAUGGACGGAAUACGCCAAACAUAUAAUUAAAAAGAUAAUUAUUAUUGCAUGUGUACAUAACAUAUUAUGUGGUAUAUUUUUAUAUAAAUAAAAUAAACACUUUGACAAAAAAAAAACCUUUUCCCGUUUUAUGUUAAACCCAUAUGGCCAAACAUACAAUACUAUAUAUUAUUGUAAACUGCGUUUAUAUACCUAUAAAUAUCGGUUGAUUCAUAUAAAAGUCAAACUUUUUAAAGUUCAAUAGCGAAAAAGGUAUGCAACACAAAACAUUAAUAUUUUUCACAAAACCAGUUUAUUAUUUUGAAUAUUGAUAAAACAAAUAAUAAUUUAAAAAAUCAUUUGAUACAUCUUCCAAAAUGUGGGCCGUUUUCUGUUUUUAAGAGAGUAUCAGAUAUAUCUUAUUUUUUAUUUUAAGUUUGUAUGCACUGCAAUAGUUGACAGGAAAUUUUCGAAAUUAAUGUGGUAGAAGUGCACAACACAAUGUUUAAACCAAAAGCGGCUUCACUCCUGAAAGUCCGUCAUAUCAGUUUGAUGGAGGGAAACGCUGCAUCUCGUUUAAGUGUGUUAUAAUAGAACCGUUAUCAACAGUCUAUGGGGGUUUAACAAAUGAUUGCAACUGAACACAUUCUGAAUUUGAGUUCGUUAAAAUAUGCAUGCAAUAAUAUUGUGCAAGACUACUGCGACCCUUUCUUUUAUCUAUGAUAAAAAAAAAAAAGCAUUUACAUGUAUU